AUUAUUUUAUAUAUCAUUGUUUAUAGCUUUGUGUUCUCAGCAACCAGAAGUUCAGAGACAAAAGCGGAACAAACGUUUAAAAGGGGGCAGGGCAUUGUCUCGCACACUCUGAUUCACAAAAGUGCAUUCGCACCGGUGUCUCUCAGGUUGAAGUUUAAAUGGAGCUCUAUCGGGAAUUACAUGAGGUGACUUCUAUUUAGAAAAGAACAAUGGACUCCAUGGUGCUGUGGUGGUAAGAGGAAACGCUGACCCAACCGGCCAGUGAGAAGAAGUGAUGUUAUCCACCUGCUACGGAGCAGCGCAGCACUGUACCGUUCAUGUGUGCAUUCAAAAUGGAGAUAACACCUGACGGCUCUUUGAUCGGGCGUCGACUGUCAAUCUGAGUGACACGAACUACGUUCUCCCCAUGGCCAGUUCGGACAGAAAUAACAAAUUCCUGCUCGAGUUGGUGCGACAGCCAGGUAACAACACGUGUGCUGACUGUGGAGUACCUGAGCCGGACUGGGCCUCCUACACGCUCGGCAUCUUCGUGUGCCUGAAUUGCUCCGGCAUUCACCGUAAUUUGCCUGAUAUCAGCAAAGUGAAGUCCAUACGUCUGGAUACCUGGGACGAUGCACUAGUACAGGUCAUGCGGGAGGGGGGGAAUUCUGCAGCCAAGGCCAUUUAUGAGAAGCGUGUCCCUGCCUUCUUCUAUCGGCCGCAACAGAGCGACUGCUUUGUUCUCAAGGAUCAAUGGAUCCGUGCAAAGUACGAAAGAAGAGAAUUCACAGGAGAAAACCAAUGCUUUCUGCCAAGUUAUUGCUCAGACCAGUUUGAGUUAACACUUUGGAAGAAGGGCAAAAACAAAAGACAGUUUUUAAAGAGGAUCUUCCUGCUGUCCCGGAAAGACUUCACCCUCCGAUACUUCAUUAAAGAGGAUGUGAGUUCUGACACAUUGUCGUCUAGACUACCACGUUUAAUGAGCGCACAAAGACCCUCGUUGUUUCUAAUCCUUCUUGUGAAAUCCUUCCCCCGUGUGCUCUUUCAAACCAAGUCAAAGCUUCCCAAAGCCGUAAUCUCCAUGAAGGAUCUUAAUGCAGUCUUCCAGCCGGAGAAGAUCAACCACGCUCACGGCCUGCAAAUCUCCUUUGCGAACGGCAAACGCAUGAGGAAUCUGUUUGUCUAUCACGAAACAGGACAGGUGAUUGUGUCCCUGUUCAACGCUAUUCGAGCCACGCGCCUCGAAUACCUCCAGAGGAAACAUCCCACUCUGCGAGACAUCGAUUUAAUACCUCAGAUAAUGGGGUGCUGCCUGAAGGAGGGGUACAUGGAGAAAACCGGGCCGACGCAACGGGAGCCCUUCAAGAAGAGAUGGUUCACACUGUGCUCAAUGAACAGAAAGCUCCUGUAUUUUAAAAACCCACUGGACGCUUCUGAGUUGGGCGCCGUCUUCAUCGGCACGGAGAGCCACAGCUACGCCGCCGCAGAGAGCAGCAGGCCGAGCUCGAGAGGAGGCCGGUGGCACUGCGGCGUCACGCUGCAGACGCCGGACAGGGAGUUUGUUUUCAUGUGCGAGCAGCAGCAGGAGCAGAAGGAGUGGCUGGAGGCCUUCCGAAAGGUCAUCGCUCAACCCAUGACACCAGAGGACUACGCCAACGAGGCCAACAUGACAAGGGGGAAAUGACGUGAGCCGUUUUGCAGGAGCUCCGGGUGCAAUAGGUGGGAUUUUGGGGAAGUGAGAGACUGAAAACUUCUGCUUUGAAAAGGCCCGGCCCGGGACCUGACAGUGAGUGACAAACGCUCACGUUUACUGACACGAGCGCUCACGUCACUUUGUGUGCCUCCGUAACUACGCGUCGCUUCAGCUGGUUAAGGCAUUUAUUGUAUUGUUGUUGCCAGAAUAAAAUCACAACAAAUCAUCUUUCGUAAUCCUAGCGUAGUAUUUAUUGAGGAACAAGUGCAGUGGUUCCUGUAGUUAUUUUGUUAAUUGGUUUCACUCAAUUUGCACAUUUUGAAAGAUACGGUCCAUUCUUUUCCCACACUGUUGAUUUUGAUUGUCUUUUACAUAGGGUUAGGGUUCUAUAUUGUAUAAACAAGUAUUUCCUGCUUUUAGAAUUUUAGACUUACAUUUGUGUUCCUCUUCAGUAACAAAGUUACAGUAUUGAUUGGUGAUAUGUCACAGAUGACAGUUGUAUGUAUAUACUUCCAAUAUCCAUAUUAUUUAUCGCAAUAUUUAGUGCCUUACAGUUCACUUUAUAGUCUUCGUCAUAGUGAACAGAUUUACUUUAAUGUUCCUAGAGUUGACAGAGAAGUUGGGGAAUAGCCUUCCUGCAGCCAUUCGCUCGCUGACGUCUUUUCCUCUGUUUUGAACUGUUUUGUUUAACACAUCUUCAAAAUACUUGUCUAUGUUUCUAGCGUUUCAGAUUUAACAUUGAUGAGUGUCAUAUUAUGUAUGCGUGUAUAUUUAUGAAUUAGCUUAUGAAUGUACAUUGUGAUGUUAUCUUUGUUACUUGUAUUUUGGAUUAUUAUGUUAUACGGAGUUGUUUAUCAAUAACAUCUUAUAUAUGAUGAGUUUGGGGAUAGUGAGAGCUUGUGUAUGUAUGUGUGAGUAUGUGUGGUUUUUGCUUUUUGUUGUAUUUUUAUUUUAUUUUUAUUUUUAUUAUGAUUAUCUUAUUUUAUUGUAACUAAUCUGUUGUUCUGUUGAUUGGAUAUGAUCCGGAGGACCCCCAUGAAAACGAGAUGCUGCAUCUCAUGGGGUUGAUCCUCUAAUAAAAUGUUCAUAAAUAAAAAUGUGGAUUAUAUGAGCCGUAGGCCGGUUAUUAUUAUUAUUAACGAUGGACGAGGGUAGAGGACCAACCAGGCCGAGCAACAUGUUCAUGCCAUGGUUCCUUACCUGUGGCUCGCUCUUUAAUUAACAUUCAACUAGAUCCAGUAAGAGACAAAGGGUUCCUGAGCACCACAAUAGAGUCUGACUUGUGUUAUGAUUUAGUCCCAU